AUCGAUCCCGGGGGCUGCGGUGCAAACAUCGAGGCUCUGAUUUCACCACCGAGCCGUGAGCUCCGUGUCAGAGCGUCUCAGGCUGCGAGGGGAGGGCAGCAGCACCACCGGGCCGGCACAGAAAUCCACACGAGCACGGCUGGCCAGGGCAGCCCAGGCCCGGGGCAGCCCAGGCCGAGCUCCCCGCCGCCAUCUCGGGCCGGCCCCGCCCGGCUCCAUUUCGCGGGCUCGGCACCGCCCCGGCAAUCCGGCAGGGACGGGCCGGGCCGGGCCGGGACGGCGGCGCCGCAGGUCAGUUCCAGCGCACGGUGCGGAAGGAAAGAGGAUGGAAGAAGAAAACGCUGCCAAGGAAAGAGUCCUCAUAACUGGAGGAGGGGGUUAUUUUGGCUUCCGUUUAGGUUGUGCCAUAUAUCAAAAGGGAGUGGAUGUGAUCCUCUUUGAUGUCGUGAAGCCACUUCAAACCGUGCCAGAAGGAAUAAAAUUCAUGCAGGGGAAUAUCUGUUGCCUGUCUGAAGUAGAAGAAGCUCUCAGAGAUGUAAUCUGCGUAUUCCACAUCGCUUCCUAUGGAAUGUCUGGCAGGGAGCAGCUGAACCGAAAACUUAUAGAAGAUGUUAAUGUGAAAGGAACAGAAAAUGUCAUCCAGGCCUGCAAGAGCAGGGGAGUGUCGAGCCUGGUUUAUACAAGUACCUACAACGUGAUAUUUGGAGGCCAGAUUAUAGAAAAUGGGGACGAGUCUCUGCCUUACCUACCUCUGCACCUUCACCCCGAUCACUACUCCCGAACGAAAUCUUUAGCUGAAAUGAAGGUUCUGGAGGCAAACGGUGCUGAGCUGGGAAAUGGGAGAGGUGUCCUGAGGACCUGUGCUCUCCGGCCAGCAGGGAUCUACGGGCCUGGGGAGCAGAGACACCUGCCAAGAAUAGUCAGCUACAUUGAAAGGGGACUGUUUAGAUUUGUGUACGGAGACCCUCUGAGUCUGGUAGAGUUUGUACACGUGGACAACCUGGUCCAGGCUCACGUCCUUGCCUCCGAGGCCCUCAGAGCCAGCAAGCAGCACAUUGCUGCAGGCCAGGCCUAUUUUAUUUCCGAUGGCAGGCCUGUAAAUAACUUUGAAUUUUUCCGACCACUAGUGGAAGGUUUGGGUUACAAGUUCCCAACCCGGCGCCUUCCCCUCUCCCUUGUCUAUUUUUUUGCAUUCCUUACUGAAAUAGUUCAUUUCCUUGUGGGGCGCCUUUAUAACUUCCAGCCCCUCCUCACUCGCACGGAGGUUUACAAAACUGGUGUCACGCACUACUUCAGCAUGGAGAAGGCCAGGAAGGAGCUGGGCUAUGAGCCCCAGCAGUACAGCCUGGACGAAGUGGUGGAGUGGUUUAGAUCCCAGGGAUGUGGACCAAAGCCAAGAAAUUACACCAUGAUGCAGCUGGUUAGGGAUGGAGGGCUGCUUGUGGUGCUGAUUGCUGUGCUGGUCUCCUGCCUUCCAUCUGCAGUGAUAUUUCACUCUGAAAGAUGAAAUACUGAGGACAGAAUUUAGUUACAUUCUCUGCUUACUGUUGGUUUUGACAAGUAAUAAAAGACUUUUUAAAAAAUAACAUAUUUGUGUGAUUGAGGUAAAUAACACCUUUAUCCCCAAGGAAUGGAACUGCUGAGUAAAAAGGUGCAAUUUUUUAUAUAUACAUUCUCUUCAAAGUAAAAUUGAUCAGAUCACUAACAAGAUGAGGCUCAGAAUUACUGCAAACAGCAUUUUAUUCUCAGGUACAACAGCACAAUACAGUGAACAGAACAAAUGUCCUUAGGCUAACUCUCCUCCCUGAUGGGAUUAUACUCCUGAUCCCUGCACUUUAUUCCUCUAAGAGUUUGUGUUACGUGAUCCAGAGGAGAAUAAACUUAUUCUUUGAUCACA